AAGUCAACACACACGAAGAUGGAGGUUGUUUCUCCCAUCAACGGCUGCUCCGGCGACACCGCCGGAAAAGUCAUCAUCUGCAAAGCCGCCGUCGCUUGGGGCCCCGGCCAGCCAUUUGUCAUCGAAAAAAUCCGAGUGGAGCCGCCACAGAAAAUGGAGGUCCGAGUAAAAAUCCUCUACUCUUCCAUUUGCCAUACCGAUCUCAGCGCUUGGAAAGGACAGAACGAAGCCCAGCGAGUAUACCCUCGUAUCUUCGGCCACGAAGCUUCUGGUAUUGUGGAGAGUGUAGGAGAGGGGGUGGUGGAUGUGGCUGCCGGAGAUCACGUGAUUCCGCUGUUCAAUGGAGAGUGUGGCACGUGCCGAUGUUGCCAAAACCCGAACACCAACACGUGCGAGAAGAUGGGAGUGAAUCCAAUGAAAAGCACGAUGGUCCACGACGGACAAACCCGGUUCACGACGGCGGAUGAGCGACGGCAGCCGAUAUAUCACUUCCUAAACACGUCAACUUUCAGCGAGUUCACGGUGUUGGAAUCGGCUUGUGUUGUGAAGAUUGACUCGGAAGCUCCCAUCAAGAAGAUGACUUUACUAAGCUGUGGCCUUUCAACUGGAGUGGGUGCAGCGUGGAACACUGCCAACGUGGAAGCUGGAUCCACCGUGGCCAUUUUUGGGCUGGGAGCAGUAGGACUCGCGGUAGCUGAAGGAGCUCGAGCUCGCGGUGCUUCUAAAAUCAUCGGUGUCGAUGUCAAUUCCCAUAAGUCUACCAUCGGGAAGCAAUUUGGAAUCACGGACUUUAUAAACCCUACAGACUCUCACAAACCUGUUCAUGAGAUCAUCGUAGAGAUGACGAAUGGAGGCGUGGAUUAUAGUUUCGAAUGCGUUGGGGGUGUGGAAGUUUUACGCACCGCCUUCUUGUCUACACACAUUGGAUGGGGAACCACAGUGAUGUUGGGAAUUCAUACAACCCCAGAAAUGCUUCCUCUUCACCCAAUGGAGCUGUUCGAUGGGCGUAAGGUGGUAGCUUCCGUUUUUGGAGGCUUCAAAGGCAGGACUCAAAUCCCUCAUUUUGCCAAACAAUGCAUCCUCGGGGUGGUAAAAUUGGAUGAGUUCAUAACAGAUGAACUUCCCUUUGAGGACAUAAAUUCUGCAUUUAAACGACUUGUGGAUGGAAAAUCUCUCAGAUGCCUUUUGUAUUUGUAAUACAUUUAAGAUAUAAACUCUCUCGUGUGCUGCACAUAAAUAAUUCAAAUCUUCGUGUGAUGUAUUUAUAUUAUAUUAAUAUUUGAUAUUUAAGAUGA